UGACAGCGUCACAUCAAUGGCGAAUGUAAACGAAACAUUCCGAAUAAUACGCCAUAUUGUCAUGUCAGUGAAGGUGGUGAAAGCACUUGCGUUUUUAUUUACUUGAAUUGUGUGAUAUUAAGUGAUUUACUAAUUGAUAGCGGCUUAAAAAUUCAAGGCGCAGGGUGCAUCGCUGCAUCCGCUGAACCAUGAGUUACCAGAUACCAUCCUCACAGAGCCGCACGAUGUCACACAGCAACUAUGGUGGUUCUGACGUGCCAAUGGCACCCAGCAAGGAACAACAGACACUCAUGUGGCAGCAGAACUCAUACCUGGUGGAUUCUGGUAUCAACUCUGGGGCAGCCACUCAGGUGCCAUCUCUCACUGGCAAAGAAGAUGACGAGAUGGAAGGAGAUCAGCUCAUGUUUGAUCUGGACCAGGGCUUCGCUCAAGGGUUCACUCAGGAGCAAGUGGAUGACAUGAACCAGCAGUUGUCACAAACCAGGUCCCAGCGAGUGCGCGCCGCCAUGUUCCCAGAGACUCUGGAGGAGGGCAUUGAAAUCCCCUCCACACAGCUGGACCCAGCACAGCCUACUGCAGUCCAGCGCUUGUCUGAGCCCUCCCAGAUGUUGAAACAUGCUGUUGUCAAUCUUAUUAAUUAUCAAGAUGAUGCUGAUUUGGCAACAAGGGCAAUCCCAGAGUUGAUCAAACUACUCAAUGACGAAGAUCAAGUGGUAGUGUCACAAGCUGCCAUGAUGGUUCACCAGUUGUCAAAGAAGGAAGCUUCGCGGCACGCUAUAAUGAACUCUCCGCAAAUGGUUGCGGCCUUAGUGCGAGCGAUCUCCAACAGCAAUGACUUGGAGACAACCAAAGGGGCAGUUGGGACCUUGCACAACUUGUCUCACCACCGACAAGGUCUUCUUGCCAUAUUCAAGAGUGGAGGCAUACCAGCUCUGGUGAAACUCCUAUCCUCACCAGUGGAAUCUGUGUUGUUCUAUGCCAUUACGACCUUGCAUAACCUUUUACUGCACCAAGAUGGUUCAAAAAUGGCUGUCCGUCUUGCUGGUGGUCUUCAAAAGAUGGUGGCCUUACUUCAGAGGAAUAAUGUGAAGUUCCUGGCAAUUGUUACCGAUUGUCUCCAGAUAUUGGCGUAUGGGAACCAGGAAUCCAAGCUUAUCAUCCUGGCUUCACAAGGCCCUAUCGAGUUAGUGCGUAUCAUGCGCUCUUUUGACUACGAGAAGUUGCUUUGGACCACAUCCAGGGUUCUGAAGGUUUUGUCCGUCUGCUCAAGCAACAAGCCGGCGAUAGUGGAGGCAGGUGGUAUGCAGGCCCUGGCCAUGCACCUUGGCAACCCCAGUGGCCGCUUAGUCCAGAAUUGCCUUUGGACUUUGAGGAAUCUGUCUGAUGCUGCUACCAAGGUGGAAGGGCUAGAAGGCCUGCUGCAAAGCCUGGUGCAAGUGCUGGCCUCCACCGACGUUAAUAUCGUGACUUGUGCUGCUGGAAUAUUGUCCAACUUGACCUGCAACAACCAACGUAACAAGGUACUGGUGACAGUGUGCCAAGCCGGCGGCGUGGACGCCCUGGUGCGCACGGUGGUGUCGGCCGGGGACCGCGAGGAGAUCACCGAGCCGGCCGUGUGCGCGCUCCGCCACCUCACCUCGCGGCACGUCGAGAGCGAGAUGGCGCAGAACGCUGUCCGGCUGCAUUACGGCCUGCCUGUGAUAGUGAAACUUCUGCAACCGCCGUCCCGCUGGCCGCUGGUGAAGGCGGUGGUGGGGCUGGUGCGCAACCUGGCGCUGUGCCCCGCCAACCACGCGCCGCUGCGCGAGCACGGCGCCGUGCACCACCUCGUGCGCCUGCUGCUGCGCGCCUUCAACGACACGCAGCGGCAACGCGGCUCGGUGUCGGGCGGCGGCGGCGCGGGCGGCGCGUACGCGGACGGCGUGCGCAUGGAGGAGAUCGUGGAGGGCGCGGUGGGCGCGCUGCACAUCCUGGCGCGCGAGGGGCUCAACCGCGCGCUCAUCCGCCAGCAGAACGUCAUACCGAUCUUUGUGCAGCUGCUGUUCAACGAGAUCGAGAACAUACAGCGCGUAGCAGCAGGGGUACUUUGCGAGUUGGCCGCAGACAAAGAAGGGGCCGAAAUGAUAGAAGCCGAAGGGGCUACGGCCCCUCUCACAGAGUUGCUGCACUCCCGUAAUGAAGGCGUAGCGACGUACGCCGCGGCCGUACUGUUCCGCAUGUCCGAGGACAAGCCGCAUGACUACAAGAAGAGACUCUCCAUGGAGCUGACCAAUUCGCUGUUCCGCGACGAUCACCAGAUGUGGCCCAACGAUCUGGCCAUGCAACCUGAUCUGCAGGACAUGCUCGGGCCCGAGCAGGGCUAUGAGGGUCUCUACGGGACGCGGCCCUCCUUCCAUCAGCAAGGCUACGAUCAGAUACCGAUAGAUUCAAUGCAGGGCCUCGAAAUCGGCAGCGGAUUCGGAAUGGAUAUGGACAUCGGGGAAGCCGACGGCGGCGGCGCAGCGUCUGCGGACCUGGCCUUCCCCGAACCACCGUUAGACAACAACAAUGUCGCCGCCUGGUAUGACACCGACCUUUGAACGACAAAACAACAGCACGCCAAAAACUUUGUCUAAGGCUAUGUAUACAUGGUUGAAAAUUAACGCGCGGAUAUUUGGAUAUACCGCGACAAUUAAACUUAACCCGUCAAGUGACUGAUAUGUGUGAUUCAAACUGAAUUUCCAUUUACCACCAUUAGCGUUAACUUUGACUUUAAAUCUAGCGUCUUUGACUGGUUUUCUUGACAAAAAUAAUCAAUUUUAUAUGCAAUUUCAUCGUGGAUUUUAGUUGCAUUAGUAAUAAGGCAGCUUUACGUUAUCGAUUGUUAAACUUGUAUCGCGAACACCAAAAUAAAAUGAUAUUUUUGAAUUAAAAAUUGUAUUAAUUUGAAUUUUGUGUAAUGUUUAUGGCGAUUAAAAAACGCUGCGUCAUUUUUCACUAUCAGUGCCCAAGCCCAAUCAUAGCCCAAGAACGGAAAACGAGUACAAAUAGCAGUAGUGAAUACAUGGAAUCAUAAAUAAGAUAGAGGUUGCAACUAUACAAUUGACUUCAGUGUAGAAUCAAAACUACAAAACUAACCUUGGGCCUUAGCCAAGUUUCACGUCGAUUCUCAUUCUACAAACGCUAACGAAAGUUGGAAAACUAACAAAAUGAUGAAUGACAGAUCCGAUCACGUGACCUGUGUUAGUGAAUGUCAUCCCCAUACAUUUUUUGAUUUUCGAAGCGAUAGCGUUUGUAGAAAGCUACAGGCCCUUGUUAGAUUUCAUGACUCCUCUUCAAAUUCACGUUAUGCUAUUUACAUUAUUCAUGUGUUUUGUUACAAUGUACUGGACAGUAUAAAUUAUUUCGAAUGUUGUUAUAAGGUAGAUACAUAUUGCUAGAACAAUGUUGUUUUUUAUAAAAACAUUAUCUGUUUGUAUUUUUUUUUAAUAAAAUCAUAUUUUUUAGAAAAAAUUUGCUUUGAACUUAAAAAUAUUCAAUAUUCACAAAAUUUUGAUGUGUCAUAGCAUUUAGCAAAUAUGUAUCUAUCUUAGUAUUGAUUCGCGCGUUGAUAAGUUAUUGUUGAACGAAUGAAAAAGUACGAUUUAAGUUUUACCCCACGACAUAUUAAUUAACAAUUAUUCUGUUGCAACUUGUUUUAAUAUUAAGAUCUCAUGAAAAAUUAUAAAAACAUGACAUUUAAAUCGCACGAAAACUAAAAUGUUCAAUUCUGUGAUAUUACAUUCAUUUGAACAUAUCAAAGGCAGCUGACAUGAAUAAAAAAAAACGAUUAUUUUUAUGUGAUUAAAUAUAAAAAAAGUGCAAUCACUAACACUGGUGCUAAUUUUGAAAAAAAAAAUUAAAUUUUGAAACAUCCGAAAUCACACAGAACAACACAGAAAAUCGAUUUAAUAUCGCCCUGCAUUGAUUAUAUCGAGUUUUGUACGGGGACGUAUGAAAUGCGUGUAAUCGGAAAAUAGGGUAUUGUUUACAUUUAAGAUAUGACAUAGGCUUUAAAUUAAUACUGGAUAGAGUACCAUUCUUCUAAUAUGUACGUGCAUUUAUGGAGUUUGUAGUGUGUUUUUUUUAUGUUGAAAUAAUUAGCUGAAUGACUCUUUUUUUUUAAUUAAUUAAAUGAUGCAUAAGACUGUUUGAUUGCGUAAGGUUGGUAUUUUGUAUUGGCUAUGGACAACUAUUUUGUAUUGUGAUGACUAAAGCAGACGUUAUUUUACUGAAAUCACUAUGCAUAACGCAAAUUUAUUUUGUUAAUUUCCUCAAAAAUCUGAUCUGUGUUACCCUCCCACCUCACAGAUCCGAAAAAUCCACUCAUGGUUUUGUUCGAAUUUUCUAGAUUACUUGUUGACAGAACACUUAUUUAAAUUGCAAAAUAAUUUAUUUAUUUAGGAAUUUAGUGAAAUAAAAUUACUCAUUAUUACUUUUAAAUGAAACUCACAGAAUAAACUACAUGUACAUUUUUCCACUGACAAACGAAAUUUUUAUUUGAACAAUAUAAUAUGAUCUGUUGUAUACAAAUCUUAAAGUGAAGAAAAUCAAAGUUUUCGUCCCUGUCUGCUUCUAUAAUAGUAAAAGGGACUUGCGUUUUAAAACACAAUUAAUUGUUUUACUUUUUUAUUUGUAUAUAAAACCCUAUUAUUACUGCAUUAUCCGCGUGUCAUACGUUUAUAUAAUAGUAAAUGUAAAAAAAUACACGCGGCGUUGUAUGUAUAUGGUGAAAGCGUUAGUAGCAACAUAACUGAACUAAACCAGUUCAAAAUAGCAACAUCGCAUAAACCAUAUAUUAUACGACAAGUGAGGUAUCAAAUAUUAAUUGUGAGAAAAGUGGAUAAAUGUAUAUGUAUUAGGGUGUCCCUUAUUUUUGAAAGUUUUAAAUUUGUAACGCAUAGGUCCUAGUUUUGUUCAUUUGCCUCUAAAACACUCGAAAAUAAUUUUUUACCUUAAUUGAAUAACGAUAACCCGUGCCGACUUGCAUCGAAACAUGUUCAUACAUAGUAGCGGCGCACACUCGCGGUAUUUGUCAUUUGUUGACAAUUAUUCUCACGAUUAACACGUAUUGUUUUACAUUUAAAAGAUGGCAGUGGAUUUAAGAAGUAACAAAAAAUGUAUUUUCUUAGUUAGUAACGCGAAUUAUCAAAUAACAGGCGCAAAGUUACCGUCAAAUCGUCAAGUUCUAGCAGUACUUUUGUUUAACAUUCGCGAAGGGAAAUUGUCUGUUAGUGAAAGCGCUAAUCUCGUCAUUCGGGAGUGUAUUGUAUAUUGAAAAAAAGCUAGAAUCCCUACCAGAGCUAUACCUAACUGGGUAAAAAAACUUGUUGAUCUUCACCAUGCUUGGCGUGCUUUGAUUAUUUGACAUAGCGCACGCUGAUACUUUAGAACGGAAUAAAAUUGAAGAAGACAAAAUAUUUUUACAAAAACAAUGAGAACCAGGGCGUCCAGGAUAUUUAGCGGGUGUAGACAAAGAGUUGGGCGAAAAAGAAGACAGGGCAAACCAAAGCAAAUUAAAUGAAGAGAAAAAAAAAUGUGAGCAAAUGUAUUAUGGAGGUUUAUCGUCAUCAGUUAGAACGCAACAUGUUAUUCAAGCAGAGGGACAACAAAAACAACUUACCAGCUCUAAUGAAAGUUUUGAGGACCACUUGGCCUCCACCUCUCAAACGGUAAGUUCAGAAACUACUACAAAAAGAGGAAGGAAAGACUUCAUCACGCCUAAGAUAGUUGAGCUUUAGAUAGAUGUCAAUUGAGCAUGAGGGAUUCUGUCUAUAAAAUUCAGGCUGUGGUAGAAGCACUAGAUCUUGGUUGUGAUGAUUGCCCGACAAACAUGUCGUCUAUUUAACGUAUUCGCACACAGGGUCGAAAGGAUAGAGCGGAAUCUAUUAAAUCCGAUUUUCAGAAUAAUAUGCUUGAAAUGGUGACUGUUCACUGGGAUGGGAUAUUAUUACCUGGACUUGAUGUAAGAAGUUCUAAAAAAACGCCUGCCAAUUUUAAUUUCAUUUGGAGAAAUUUAUAAAUUGUUAAUACUGUCUUAUUUAUUGUUGCAGGAAAAUCAUUAAGUGAUUUUGUGUCUGUCAAGAGCACUAAUUUAUUUAGUCGAUUAAAAAUUGAUAGGGCGUUCCUCCAGACACCCAUUUCUAUAUGGGAUGACGUGGGGGAUGGGGUGUUACCUAUACAGAAGCAAAAAAGAAAGUGCUUUCUUUAAGGGCUGUUAAUGAUACGGCUGUAUAGAGCUGUAAAACUUAUGCAAGAUUUUCGUGGUUCGAUACUGCAAAGGAAGAGCAAUAGCAAUUUUUGCUUCGUUGUGUUUAGGAGCAUAGAACUCUGUACCCGGACUGUAAAAAGAGACUUAUCCUAAAAAAACUAUCCUGCCUGAUCUGUAAUUUUAUCUUUUAAUAAAUAUUUUAAAGAAAAUUGAGUAUUUCAAUUUAUUUUGUUAUAUAGCGGAAGGGGUCAAAAACCGCAAUACUUUAAAUCUUUCGGGCCCUAUCGGCACGGGUUAACGUUGACGUAGGACGAUUAAAUUUUGUAUUUAAGUUAGUCUAGGUAGUCUAAAAAGAAAUAGGGGGUAUGCGUUUUAAUAUCUAAAAAAAAAAUUUUUUUGCCCAUAUAAGGGACACCCUAAUAUGUAUGUUUUGUUUUCUUGUACUAUAUUUAAUUAAAUUAAAAAACUUUAACAGUCUAAUAGAAGCAGGUUUUACAAACAUUCAUGAUGUAUACCUACUAUGAAUUUUUUUCUUACAUAUUUUUUUUUAAUCUAACAAGUCUGUGUGACGUAACACAGAUUCGACAAUUCCCCCAACUUUUUUAACCGACUGCAAGAAGAGUUACGUUUUUUUUUAAUUUUACAAUCUUAAAUGAUGAAAAGCCAUUUUUCGAAGCAGAUUUUUGUGGAAACAAUAAAAUGAAUUUAUUAUUUCUUGUUUAUUACUUAAACUUUUAAUUACUUAUUUGUAGGUACAGUAUUGCGUAAAACUUUGAUGCAAUCGAUGCAAAAUUAAAUUGACUGACACUGUUUUAUUAUUGAAUAUAACUACUAGUGUCAAGACUGUAUGUGACUAUUGCUUGGCAAGUUCGUUGAUGACACUCCCAUGAUAUGCGGGCGACGGAGGGGAAAGGCUGCGCGGGUGUGAAAUCGUGCGUGCGGGGAAGUGAUGUUCUUCAUUCAUCGCUACACGCCCCCCGGCCUGCGCGGACCAUCGGUAGUGUUACGAACGAAUUUGCCAAGCUUUAAGAGACAGGUUUCGUUGUACAGUACUUACCUGAACUUACGAAUGGAUAGUUUUUUUUUUUCACUUGUAUACUUAAAUACGCAAUGUAAUUUGUAUGGACAUGUAUUAGGGAAUAUCUAGUUCUUUAUUUAGUUUCCGAUUAGACUAUGAACAAACUAAUUGAAUAUCGGUAAUGUAUGUAAUAGAAAAUAGUUGAUAUAUACGACAAACUGACGUUUUUUAAUCGAAGUAAUAAUCAGUAGAAACCCCUUAUAGGUUAAGGUGCGUUUACACUAUACACAGUUCGUGCCAAAAUUAUUAUUAUUUCCAUUUGAAUGUAUUUUUCAAAAUGUAUUCCUGGUAUUUUAUUCUGUUGACGCGACUAUGUCAUAGUUUAGUUCGACCUAUUUGGAAUAAAAAAAAAUCAAAUAGUGUAAUACGUAACUUAACAAUAUUGUGUUCUGUAAUGAAAAUAAUCUAACUUUCAUAUUUAUAAACAUGGAUUAAUUUUCUGUGUGUGUGUCAUAGUAAAGUGGACUUCACUACUAUUUCUCUUUAUUUUAAAGAAAAUUGAGGUUUAAAUCUUAAUCCAUGUUUAUAAAUAUGGAAGAAAAUGUUUAGGAGAUGCACACUAACGUAACGUACACGUAGAUUUAGAUUAUUGUAAUCGUAAUGUGUAAGGAUUAGUAUUAAUUGCGUAAUUCCUUUUUUUAGGGUCCUCAUAUAAUUUUUCUAUUUGAUAUUUUAAGUAGCUUCAUCAAUGUUUUUUAUGUUUAUUAGUACAACUAUGAAGACAUUGCUGAAGCUGUGAUGUUUUUGUCCAUUUAUGUAUGGAUAUUAAAUUAAAUUUAAAAAAUA